ACAAAAUAAAUAUCGGUUUCGGAGUCAUCUUAUCUUGUGAAUUUGGAAAAAUGAAAUCAAACGAAAUACGCGUAGAGAGUAAAUCUCUUUGCUCAGUUGAUGAAAGAGUGAAAACUUUUAAAAACUGGCCUUUUAAUGAUAAAAACACAUGCAACGUUCGAAACAUGGCGGAAGCUGGAUUUUAUUCGGUUGCUACGGGAGACGACGAUGCUGAUGCCGCCAAGUGUUUUCUGUGCGGCAAGGAGCUGGAUGGUUGGGAGCCCAACGAUGACCCUUGGUCGGAGCACAAAAGUCACGCACCAAAAUGCGCUUUUGCACAGCUUGGGAAGAAAGAGGACGAACUUUUGUGUUCGGAGUUCCUGUCAGUGGUAAAACAGUAUAUGAUCAACGAGCUAAGCCAACAAGCCGAAGCUGUCAAGUCGCAACUUGAUAAUAAAGCCAAAACAGUACGGAGAACUUGCUUGAAGCUUUAAUCCAGUCAAGUAUUCGCUGUGUCGAGUGCAAGCAAGGCAAUUUCCUCAUUCACUAAACGGCCAGUGUAGGCGUGUGGACCCGGUUAAAUAGCUGUCAAGUGACUGAAGUUAACAUACACCCUUAUAAGAUACAAGAUUCUAAAGACGUAAAUAAAAUUUUAAGUAAGAUUUUUAUGGUAAACACCAGGAAUUCUCUGGGAUUUUGUAUAGACAACCUGCACCGAAGGCACACCCUACUCAACAUGUUAAAAUUCUUUCUACAAUAGUUUGUCAUUGAAUUCAUGUCAAGUAAUUUUAUUCGGAGUAUAAGUUGAGCAUAAUUAUGAGUUUUAAAAAUAGAAAUCUGUAUACAAACAAAACAUAAUUGUAUUUUAAAUACCUAUAAAAUGAAUAAUAUUGUCGGCCUAAAUCGCAAACCUCGUAACUCCCCCGGAGGAGUUACGAGGUUUGCGACUAUAAGUAUUGUUGUCCAAGGUAGCAAUUAC